AUGGCAUCCCAAGAACACCCAACCUGGUUGACGGCUCUCCUAGCCGACACAAGGCCGCCCCCAAAGUUAUUCGCUUGGUCUCCCGCCAAUAUCCAGCCAAAGCUUGACGAAGGCAUUGAUAUGGGAAGUUCCAACAGUGAUGAGGAAUACGACGAUGCUUCUUGCACCGGUCCUUCAUCAAACUCUGAUGAGCGCAUUUACAUCAUUGGUCCUGGAAAUAUUGGCCGACUGUACGCAACUCACAUGGCCCGCCAUCUCAAUGCACUUCCCAUCACUCUCGUCGUUCAUAGAAAGGAGCUUCUUUCGCAGUGGGCCGCUAGUGAAGGUGUUGGUCUUGCAGACCUAGCCAGCGGCAAGUUGUUCAUCAACAAGCGCUUCAACGUCGAAUGGUGGACAGAAACAAGACCUCACUACGGUCCUGUGAAAGAAGUCGCAGACGGAAAGAAACUUCACAACGUCUUCAUCUCCACAAAGGCAGAGGCUGGUUUAGCUGAAGCAGAUCGCGUUCGUCGAUACCUGGGGCAGUGCAGUUCUGUCGUCUUUGCACAAAACGGAGUCUGCAAGCUUUGGCCUCCCCAUGGUCCUUUAUACAUAUCUCAUCGAUACCCGAGCGGUAAUCCUCCAACCUUCUCCGCAUGUGUCGUGAGUCAUGGGGUUGCAUCGGCAGGUCCUUUCUUGAGCGUCCACUCGGCUCCAGCUGACGCAUACAUCGGGCCUGUGUUCUGGGCAUCGGACCCCAAAUCUCCGUGGAAGCAGCCCCUGGAUGACUUCUUCAUCCAGCAUAUUGCCACGACACCUCUUGUCAACACAAAGCAGGUGUCCUCUGGUGAGAUUUGGCUACUUCAGUUGGAGAAGUUGGUCAUGAAUGCCGCGAUCAACCCACUUACGGCUUUAUUGCGCUGCAAAACGGGAGAACUAUUUACAUCCUAUGACUUGGACGAUCCUUUGGCACGAGUCAUCGACAAACUACUAUGGCAAGCAAGUACCGUUAUCCAAGGUCUUAUUGAUCACGAUACGAGUCGCAGUGUUAUCACUUCCUACACUGAACAAAUCCUCCGACUUCCGCCAGGCAGCCACGACUUGCGGAGUAUUUCCAAGGUCCGAAAGAAGCUGUUGGAAAGGUUCUCACAGCCAAUUCUGAAGUCGAAGCUGUAUACGUUUGGUCUCAAGAUCUUUGAACAUCGUAGCUCUAUGCUUCAGGAUGUAGAGGCUGGAAGGAAGACUGAGAUACGAGACUUCAAUGGCUGGAUUGUAGACAUGGCUUGUUUCUUGGGUACAGAUUUAGAUGUUAGUGUACAUGAGGGCUUGAUUGGCCUUAUUGAGCGCCGUGAAAGCUUGGACAAGGUGCAGCUGGGUAGAGUAUUAUUGUAA